UAACCAAGGUUACGAGUAAACAAGUUUCUUAUUAAAUAUAUAUUGUAAAUUAUGUACUAUGCAUAAAAGUUCAACAUUUAAUCAUUAAAAUGUGGGGACACAGCCCUGCUAUAGACUUUCAGCAAGAAAAUAUAAUAGAUAAUUCUGAUAAUAAACCAUUAGAAGUAUUGACAGUAGGAGCCAAAGAUCCAAGACAUAUUAUUAAAACUUUAGCUUCAUCAUCGGUGAAUCAAAAAUAUUUAAUUAAUUUUCAUGUUGUCGAAUCAUCAUUAGAACCUAUUGCAAGAUCAAUUCUACUUCUUCAUAUUUGCCUUGAAAAGGACCUGGGCUUACAGGUAGCAAGUAGAUACUUUCUAGAAAUAUUGGGUAAUUCUCUUUUGGUACCCGCAACUGCCAAGUACUUGACAAAAGCGGCAUAUCAAUUGAUCAGUGUAAUCACUCAAACACUACCAUGCCCUUGGAUAAGUAUUGAAACACUCAAAUAUAAAGACAAAGACUUAUUGGAAGCUAUUUUUAAGUUCUGGGUUCGUGCUGUGUGUGAAGGUGUACCAAUCGUCAAAUACUGGGAUCAACGGAUUAGAAAAUCAUUAGGGACGAGAUAUGAUUACAGAGAUGGAGCUUUUGAUUGGGAUUAUCAUAUGGUUUUAAAAGAAAAAAAUAUUCCUAAUUUAACUUCUCAUGAGUACAAAUUUUGGAGAAAUAAUGGGAUUGCAUUCACGUGGUUGGAGACAGAACCUGCCAGAAGUAAUCCAACUUUGAUAAGCAGCGUAUUACCUUACAAAGAAGGUUUUAUUCACAAUUCAUAUGCUGGAGACAUUACCAAUGGACCUUAUUUAACUUGGCUAGCUGAUAAAAAAGAUGAAAAAAAAAAACUGAGAGCAACAGAUGCGGCAGAAGAACAAAUAACAAAAUUAUUUUAUCAAAUACGAAUGCAUGAAUUGUGUCCUGAUGAUCUUACAGCAGCACAUCGAGAUAAAGCAAUUUUAAAUGGGACAUUAGUGACGGAGAUGCCGGAUAUUGACAUUGAGCAAGAGUCUUGGGUGUUGAAAAAAUUAGAAAAGAGAGAUUUUUCUUCUUGGAUUGAUAUCUCUCAAGCAAAGGUUAUUUAUCACUCAGCUUCGUCUUUUUUAAAGUAUAAAAAUAAAUGUGAAUGGGUAAAUAAAUUUGAUGUUAUAUUUGUCGCUCACAAUAUGAUUAAUCACUUGGAAAGUAUCGUUCCUCUGAUGAAUAAAAAGGGUAUACUGAUAGUUGAGUCACGGCGAUUGUUAGUCGAAGCAAAGAAGAAAGAGUUAGAAGAGUUUGCUAAUGAAUUACAAAAGAUAGCCAACAGUGUUGGUAUUAAAUUAUCCGAAACGUUUAACUCUCAUGAUGAUAAUUUUGCUCGAUUUGUUAUUGAUACUUAAAAAUAUAAAUAAUAAAUUACUUUUU